CGCGCAGUGCCGCGCGGUGGCGGCGGCGGGGAGAGCAAUGGAGGCCGCGGCCGCCUGAGGGGCGGGUGCGCUGCUGGUGCCGCUGCGGAGGCUGCGGGUGCUGCCGGGCAGCCGCCGGCUUACUCGCGUCCGCCGCCCGCGCGGGACCGCGGGUCGCCGUCCAGUCGCUCUGCCAGCCGCGGCGCCACGCGGGGACUCAGGCGUUCUUGCGAUGGUUUUCCUGGUCCUGUGACCGUCAUUUCUUGCAGAGGUCUGUAGUGGUGAGAUUGGACCUCCUAACCCUACGGAUACGUUCACAAGAGCAGUGACUCCCAGGUUUUUCUCAGCAAUGUACUCCAUUUCCUGGCACACUUAACCACUGAUCUCCUUCUUACAAGAAGAAAAUUUUGGUGAAGAGUUACCCAGCAAGGAAAGGACGUGUGGCUGUUAAGAUAGACAAGAAGAAAGGAGGCAGAUUCCAGCCUUUGAAGAGGUGGUUCGGCCGGAGGAAAAAGAAAGACCCUUCGUCGUCCCAGGAGGCGUCGGCAGGGGAUAAGAGUCGCUCUCCCCGGAGAGUCAGCAAUGGGACCUUCUCUUCAGAUGAGGAGACCCUAGAAGACAACCUAAGGUCCUUCAACUAUUCUAUGGGAACCCGGGCAUUUUCCCAUGACAGUAUUUUUAUCCCUGAUGGGGGAGCAGAGAGUGAGCAGACAGUUCAAGCAAUGUCACAGGACAACAUCCUGGGCAAAGUCAAAACUCUUCAGCGACAGUUGAGCAAAAACAUCAAGUUUGGGCGGCCACCACCCAGUGCCAUUCCCAUGAAGAAGGCAGACAGUGGUGAGGCCGGCUUAGAAGAGGAUCUGCUCCUGACCAGUCCGAUGGAGAUUGUGACUCACGAGGACGUCCUCCUCUCAGACACCGAGAACAAAUCCAGUGACCCUCCAAGUUCUCAGAGUCCUCUGAAUCUGCCUGGAGCCAGAAGUGAGAUGGAAGACAAGGUGGCUCCCGUUAAACCAUCUCGGCCAAAAAGGCACUUGUCUUCUGCUGGAACCAUCGAAAGUGUCAACCUGGAUGCCAUCCCCCUAGCCAUCGCUCGCCUGGACAACAGUGCCGCCAAGCACAAACUGUCCGUAAAGCCGAAAAACCAGAGGGUGUCCAAGAAGCACCGGCGACUUGCCAGGGAUGGACCACAUGAACAUGGUGGCCUUCUGUAUCAGCUCUCGCCGGACCAGAACGGACACUCGGGAGAAGACAAGCCAGUCUGGCAUGAAGAAGAGCCAGAGCUGCUGGACUCUGAAGAAGAGAAGAGAUGCCAAGAGGAAUACUGGCUAGAACUUGAGGCCAAGUGCAAACGGCAGAAGGCCGAGGCAGCAGAGAGGAAACGUCUGGAAGAGCAGAGGCUCCAGGCCCUGGAGAGGAGGCUUUGGGAGGAGAACAGAAGGCAGGAACUCUUGGAGGAGAAAGGAGAAGACGAGGAGCGAGAGAGGGCAGAACUGCAGCUGGAGGCCGAAGAGAGGCAGCGCCAAGAGGAGAGGCGGAGACUGGAGGAGCAAGGUGGCCAAGGGCGGAGGGAGCAGGUGGACGGAAGGCACCUCGAGGCCCCAGAGCAGCUGCGCCUCCAGCGCCGCGCUCAGCAGGAAGAGCAGGCGGUGUGGAGCGGCGCGGAGGCUGAGACGCCGCGGCAGCUGCAGGAGGAGAGGCAGCUGAGGGAGCUCAGGAGGCAGGAGGAGCUGGAGGAGCAGCAGAGGCUUGAAGCCGAGAAGCAGCGACGGCAAGAGGAGGAGCAGCGGGAAAGGGAGGAGCAGCGGCUGCGGGAAGAGGAGCAGCGGGAAAGGGAGGAGCAGUGGCUGCGGGAAGAGGAGCAGCGGCGGUGGGAGAAGGAGCAGCGGGAAAGGGAGGAGCAGCGGCUGUGGGAAGAGGAGCAGCAGCGGCGGGAGGAGGAGCGGCGGCGGGAGGAGCAGCGGCAGCUGGAAGAGGAGCAGCAGCGGCGGCGGGAGGAGCAGCUGCGUUUGGAAGAGGAGCAGCAGCGGCGGGAGGAGGAGCAGCGGCGUUUGGAAGAGGAGCAGCGGCAGCGGGAGGAAGAGCAACGGCAGCUGGAAGAGGAACAGCGGCGGCGGGAGGAGGAGGAGGAGCAGCGAGAAUGGGUGGAGAAGCGGUGGCUGGAGGCAGAGGCAGCUGCCAGGAGGAGGGCAGAGCUGGGAAAGCGGGAGCAAGUGGAGGCCCUGAGGAGGCCGGAAGGGGAGCGUCGGGAAGCUGCGAGAGGGCACGAGGAGAAGUGGCAGCAGCUGGACGAAAAAAGGGGCUUGAGGAGUCCAAAGAUGGACUUUGCAGAGAAACCCCGGAAACGAGAGCCCCUGCAGCCCGAGAAGCAAAGCGAAAGCUCCGAGGAAUCUAAGAUUUGUGAGAAGCAGAGUCAGGACGCCGUGCCAGCCGGAGAGCAGCCCGGACAGCGCGGCGACGGUCCGGAGCCUGACCGUCGUGCGCGUCGGGAAGAGAGACCAGAAACUAGCGCGCAGCCUCCCCAGAAACAAGAGGCGCAAGUGGAAGUGACUCCCGGGGAGAAGAAGGAAGCCACUGCCCCGGAAAAAGACAGAAAGGGGGAGGAACUCCGGUGGCAGGAAGUGGACGAGAGGCAGAGCAUGCCAAGGCCCUACACUUUCCAGGUGUCAUCGGGAGGGAAACAGAUUCUCUUCCCCAAAGUCAAUCUGAGCCCGGUGACACCCGCGAGAGAUGCGGGACUUGCCUCUGCUCCCCACGCGCCAAAGACCCCGCGAGCCGGCGCGGCCUCCCACGCCCUGCCCUCCUCCCUGAGUGUCCCCCACACAGCCAUUCUGGUCACGGGAGCGCAGCUCUGCGGCCCGGCGGUCAACCUGAACCAGAUCAAGGACACAGCAUGCAAGUCCCUCCUGGGCUUGUCGGAAGAAAAGAAGCACGUUGACGUCCCUGCCCUGGAGAACCCGCCCCGAGCGCCUGUCGACCCCCGGGCAGGCAGCGGGAAGGUCAGGGCCGCCCAGGAGUCUCCGAGCAGUGCGGCCGCCCUCGCCGAAUGGGCGUCCAUUCGGUCCAGGAUCCUGAAGAACGCGGAGGGCGAGCAGCCUCGGCCCGGUGACGAGCACCCUCCCCGGGCCCGCAGUGAUUCCCGCGGGAACCUCCGGAGGACCCCCCCAGUAAAUGCCAAGUUCUCCAUUAUGCCCGCUUGGCAGAAAUUCUCUGACGGUGGCACCGAGACCUCCAAACAGAACACAGAAGCAGAGAGCACGAGAAAAAGACCCUCGCUGGGCCCCGGGGUGCCCCAGCCCCUGGAUACUAACGAGCUCCCCAAGGGUGCAGAGAAACCAGAGCCAGCAGACACCACGGAGGGGUGCAAAUUUGCCAAAGACCUCCCGUCUUUCCUUGUCCCCAGCCCUGCUUACCCGCCGCAGAAGGCAGGGGCCCAUUCGGAGCCCGGGGCCACUUCGGACGCUGAGACCAGCAGCGGGAGAGGGAAGCCAGACCCCUCGAUGCCCGGCCAGGAGGAAAAAGCCUCACCGUUUGGCAUAAAACUGAGAAGGACCAACUACUCCUUGCGCUUCCACUGCGACCAGCAGACGGAACAGAAGAAGAAGAAGAGGCACAGCAGCACGGGGGACAGCGCGGACGGCGGCGCUCCGGCCCCCGGGGGCACCAGGGGAGAGAAGGAGCCUGAAGCCGUGGCCGCCAAGCCGGGCCCGUCCCUGCCCCCCGAGAGGAAGCCCGGCCUGUCCGCCUGGAAGGACUCGGCCGAAAGGGCCCCCCCUUCUCCCGCCGCCGCCCCGGGGCCCCCACCGGCCGCGGAGCACGACCGCGCGGCCCACAGAUCGCCGCUGGCGCCGAAGCCGGCGCUGGCCCCCAAGCCUGCGGGUCAGACGCCGCCCCCGUCGCCGCUCUCCAAGCUGAGCAGGCCCUACCUGGUGGAGCUGCUGGCCCGCCGGGCGGGGAGGCCGGACCCGGAGUCCGGCGAGCCCGCCAGGGAGCCCCAGCAGAGCAGGGAGCCCCGGCCGCCGUCGCCGCCGCCGCCCCCGGAGCCGAGGAAGGCGCCGCCGAGGGACGAGGAGGAGGCGGUGGAGCCCGAGCGCAAACCCGCUUCCCCGGCUCCGCCGGCCGCCCGGCCCGAGAAGCCCUGCCCGACCCCCGAGCCCGGGAGGAGAGUCUCUUUUUCCGCAGAAAAGCCGGCUCUUCAGAGCAGGCACUCUUUGGAUGGCUCCAAAGUCGCGGAGAAGGCGGACACCGCGCAGCCGCUGUGGAUAACGCUGGCGCUGCAGAAGCAGAAGGGCUUUCGGGAGCAGCAGGCGACGCGGGAGGAGAAGAAGCAGGCCAGGGAGGCCAAGCAGGCAGAAAAGCUCUCCAGAGAGAAUGUCGGCGGCGGCCUGCAGCCCGGAGGCGGCGGUGGCGGCAGGGCCGGGUCCCCGCACAAGGCCCGCGCCCCGCCGGAGGAGAAGCAGCCCGAGACGGCGGCGUCCAGGCUUGAGCGCAGGGAGCAGCUGAAAAAGGCCAACACGCUUCCUACAUCUGUGACAGUGGAGAUCUCGGAUUCUGCGCCCCCCGCGCCGCUGGUGAAAGAAGUCACCAAGAGGUUCUCAACCCCGGAUGCUGCCCCGGUGUCAACAGAACCAGCCUGGCUGGCUUUGGCCAAAAGGAAAGCCAAGGCCUGGAGCGACUGUCCGCAGAUCAUUAAGUAGGGCGACUUUCAUCCACUUCUGCCAGCUCUUGGCUCCUCUCUUGCCCUUGUUAUUUAUUUUUUAUAUGAGGUGAAGACACCACACUAGGGAAAAGCAGCAUGUGUUAUAGGCUCUAAAAUCAUGUGCAGAAACUGAAUCGGCGGCAUUCCUUGUCAAGUGUAUUUGCACAAUCCUAGAUCCUGGUGCCUGGGGCUCCUCCUUGUUCUCAAGAGAAACUUCCAUUCGAGGGACCACGUGAAGCAGAAUCUCCAAACUAAGAAUUUUUCACAAGAGCCUACUAGGCGCCUUCUACACAUACACAUGCACACACCAUUUAGAACAGGACUUUUGCCAAUCUUUUAAAUGAUUUUUCGGUUCUCCAACUUAUUUAAUCUGGAACAUUUACCCUACCAUAUGUUUUUUCCUUUUCUACAAUCAUGGUGAGAGAAAGGGCCAUACAGACAGAAACAAGAUGCCAGUUCUCCUGAGUGCACUGAGUAACUGGGAAUCCUAACAGCCUGGCUGCCGUCUCUGCCCGUGUCUGCUUUUCUGACGUCCCCUCAUCUGCACCUGACACAGCACAUCUCCUCACCCUUCCGCCACACUGAUGUCCCAUAGGUCCUGUCAUACCAGUGCUCUCCGUAAAGACGUGUUAAACAUUUGGCCCAUGUGGCUCCGAGGGAACAUUUUUAUUUAGGAUCAUGAAGAAAGGAAGCGACAGGUUGCCUUCCCAGCUCCGAGAAUCUCCCCCAGUGCGGUGGUUAAGGCGUCCAGCUCCGUCUCCUGCCUUCCGAGUUAGAGCCUGUGAGUCCGGGCCGGGAAGGUCUAGCAGACGAAUUCUGACACAUCCCAAAGGAGUACCGGGGGAUACACUGCUUCCAGGGUAAUCGAGCUUUUAAAACUCUGAAGGGGAGGCUCAUUUUACCCAAAUAAGUGAGAGGAAAAAUAAAAAAACAAUCCCCCAAGCCAGACUUCUACUCUAAGAUAGGAGAAGCUACUGACGUUGAAUGUCUCUGAAUAUUCCUUAGGUCUUUAGGGAGAUUUUAACAGGAAGCCAAGACUUGGAGCCUUUGUACUGAGGACUUCUGUGGAAGUUUCUUCACCAUAGUUGAGUGAUUCAUAUUCAGUCAGCUGUUCAACGGCAUUUAUAAUUUUGAGCAUUCACCUUGGUACCUUUAAAAACCACCUCCGAGUCUUCAGUGGCCUUGCUGCUAUCCGUACACGUGGUCCAGAGAAGGGACGUGGCAGUUCAAAAGCAUGAGGCACAGACCCACCAGCAAAGCCACACGUUGCCAACACGGACAUUACAGCGCACGGGGGUGGCACAUUCUCCUCGGCCGGAACCGAGCCCCACAGUAGAAGUACACCUCUCUCGCCCAGUGCAUGGGGAGCUGCAUUCCUUUUUCCUCUCUUGCAAAAACACAUCUUACCAUCAUCCAUCGUUAUUUGCCUCUACGCAGAGCUCAUUUGACUGGCAACGUAUCGUUGCUGUCACUCCCCGUGUAGAAGGCAUUUUCUUUCUGGAAACGAUGGCUCAGCCCCAUGGUUAGCAGCGGGCAGGUGUGGUCAAGCGGACAGUUGUACCCUUGCAAGUUGGCUUUAAUGUUCUAUAGACCAGCCCUUCCAUCUGUUAAGAAUCAGUGUAACUAAUUUUCUUUUAUUUCUGUGGGAAGCAAUUAAUAGCCCGCUGCAUGUUUUCCACACCGAUGUUCAUUUCUAAAUCAGACGUGGCGGCAUUUGUUCGUUCUCCGUGGUGUCACUACAGACAG